UGCUAAUUCUGUGGGUGUGUCACAAUUCUCUCCAGAGUUAGCAUGGACCUUGAUUCUGGGCUCCUAGGUCAUCUUCCCAACUCUGCUGCCAAUCUCUUGCGUGAUCUUGGUGGAGUCACUGCUCCCCUCUGUUCCUCAGUUUCUCCGUCUGUAACAAUGGGGAGAUUAUUUUUCAACAACAGAACAUUUCCCUCGGGUGAGCAGAGACAGCCUGAUACUCCCUGGAGCCUGAUAUCAAUGGGACAUGGACAAAAGGCAGCAAAAGUUUCUCUGACUACUGGACAAGACCCUGAACAGGUAGUCUCUGAUACUGGACCUGUCAGUCCAGUUCUGGAUCAGGGUCUUGAAACUCAUUUGGGGGUUGUAGCUCACAUGGCAACAGCAAAUUCUACUCCUCCAGGCUCUUUAGAUUUGCUUCAGCCUGGAUUUUCAAAGGAUAUUCUAGGAACAAAACUAGAAGAUAAAUAUCUCUGCUCUGCAUGCAAGAACAUUUUGAGAAGACCAUUUCAAGCUCAGUGUGGACAUCGUUACUGCUCUUAUUGUUUGACCAGCAUCAUAAGCACUGGGCCUCAGAAUUGUGCUGCCUGCAUUCAGGAGGGAAUAUAUGAAGAAGGCAUUUCUAUUUUAGAAAGUAGUUCGGCUUUUCCAGAUAAUGCUGCUCGAAGAGAGGUAGAAAGCCUACCGGCUAUCUGUGUCAAUGAUGAUUGCACAUGGAAAGGCACUAUAAAGGAAUAUGAGAGCUGCCAUGAAGGACACUGCCCAUUCAUGUUAAUCGAGUGCCCAGCAUGUAAGUGGAUGAUCAAACUGGGUGAGAAGGAACAUCAUUCUGAGCGGGAAUGCCCAAAGAGAAGCCUCAACUGCAGAUACUGCAAAGCUCUUUUCUACUAUCCUGACAUUAAGGCCCAUGAUGAGGUCUGUCCCAAAUUUCCCUUGACUUGUGAAGGCUGUGGUAAGAAAAAAAUUCUUCGAGAAAAAUUUCAGGACCAUGUCAAGGCCUGUGGCAAAUGCAAAGGGCCCUGCAAAUUCCAUGUUGUUGGCUGUACCGAAAUGGUGGAAAAUGAGAAACAACAGGAUCAUGAAAUUCAGAAAGUGGCUGAGCACCUCUGCAUGUUGUUAAAUUUUGUCCUUGAGGCUAGGAACUUCCAUGGAGAUAUUGGUCCCCUCCUCGGCCAAGGAGACAUGGGGGGCUGGGGAAACAACUCAUUGACCUUAGGAUCAGAGGUGUCCAAAUCUUCAGAGCUGUUGGAAAGAUGUGAAACCUUGGAAAGAAAAACAGUCACUUUUGAGAACAUUGUCUGUGUCUUGAACCGGGAGGUGGAGAGAGUGUCCAUGACAGCUGAAGCUUGCAGCAGGCAACAUCGCCUAGACCAGGAGAAAAUCGAAACUCUGAGUACCAAGGUCCAGCAGCUGGAAAGGAGUAUAGGAUUGAAAGACCUGGCAAUGGCUGACAUGGAACAGAAGAUCCUUGAGAUGGAAGCUUCUACUUAUGAUGGAAUUUUCAUAUGGAAGAUAACUGACUUUGCUAGAAAACGCCAGGAAGCCAUGGCUGGUCGCUCUCCUGCCAUCUUCUCUCCAGCCUUCUACACGAGCAAAUAUGGCUAUAAGAUGUGUUUGAGAAUUUAUCUGAAUGGGGAUGGCACUGGACGUGGGACCCACCUUUCUCUUUUCUUUGUCGUGAUGAAAGGACCAAAUGAUGCACUUCUACGUUGGCCCUUUAACCAAAAGGUGACAUUAAUGCUGCUAGAUCAGAACAACCGGGAACAUGUGAUUGAUGCCUUCAGGCCUGACGUGACAUCUUCCUCUUUCCAAAGGCCAGUCAGUGAUAUGAACAUUGCCAGUGGCUGCCCCCUCUUCUGUCCUGUCUCCAAAAUGGAGUCAAAGAAUUCUUAUGUGCGCGAUGACGCCAUUUUCAUCAAAGCCAUCGUUGAUUUGACGGGUCUUUAAUGCCGCCUUUCCAUCAACAAAAUGGGAGCCUAGUGCCGGCCUGGUUUGGAAGUGUCUCAGGCAGGGGUCUCACCUCCACACCUGUGGGCAGAGCCCCCCCAACACACGCCAAGCUCAUAGGGCAGAGGGGUGGGGCCAAGGCAGGCCUUCGAGGAAAGGCCCUGACCUUCAGCUGAGAGAGAUAUAGAGGACCAAGAGAAGGCACUGGCUAGACCUUGGAUAUUAGAGGCACUUGGUUUAAGACUUGUUCAACAGAGGGAGUCAGUGAAUGGGCAACUACAUCUAGGAAAUAGGCAAUUCAACCCAGGACUGGUUUGAAAUUUGCUGUGGGUCUGCAAGCUCCUGCCUAUAAAUGAUACUUGAUACACUAUCUGUGUUGUUAUAAGGGGGGUGGGGAUAGCAGACUUACUUUAAGGGAGGGGGGGUGGGGAAACAUGUUAGUCAAGAAAGAAAGUAUUUCUCUCUGGCACUGUGCUUAAAGGGCUCUUUCCAACAGGGUUGUUAGUUUAGACCCUUCAGCCUUGGUAGCACAGAGGAGUAGAAAAAGAUCCAGGAGAAUUGACAAGAAAAGUCUGUCAAGGACCCACUAUGGCUCAAAAGGUGUCCCUUGCUGGCACCUGAGAUUGUAGGAAAUCACUUUGAUCACCUAAAUCUGAUCAUGCAGGGACACAAAGCCACAUUAGGAUGGUGGCAGUGAUCCUGGGGAUAGAAUUGGCUCAUAGAAGUAACUACUGAUUAGCCAGCCAAAGAAUUUUCUAACAUGGCCUUUCAUUAAAGGAAGGCCAAUUCAUUCUCUUGAUUCCCUGCCUAUCCCCACUUCGUGUGGCAAUGGCUAUCUGUUGGAUGGCCAUGCAGGGAAGUUGCUAUGAUAGGAUAUGGUUAAUCAUGUCCUUCAAUCCCUACUAGUUUUAAACAAAAUAGUUCCUACCAUACUACAUGGAGGGGGAGGUGGGAAGAAUGAAUAGGGAUUAUCAACCCUCUGGGCUCACGACAUUGAUUUGUAUUAUCUGCAUUAUAAAUGAGAGAAACAAUCACUAUUAAAUCUUUUUUUUUUAAGUAUUUUUUGUGGAUAUUGACAAGCUGAUAUGCAUUCAACUCCAUGUUUCCCUGAAUGUUUGAUACUCAGUAGUUCUCUAGAAUACCUCAUUUAUCUGGGAUUUUUCCAGUAUCGUUUUCCCCCCAUCACACAUCCCUCAUCUUCCUUUUUUUGGGCAGUUAUUGCCUAGAAAACAGGUUAUAGUCAUUUUGUUACUUUGUUAGUGAUCUUUGUGUAGGGAACCUGAGCAUAAGAAAAUAAGUUGCCGUUAUAAGGAAACAGGCUAGAAGAAGAGUGAUUGAGGGAAGAGAUAUUAGUCUCCUCGUGGUGCAAAAGUGAAGUAAUCUGGAUGUGGUAAGGGCCAAUCUUAGGCUGGGAAAGACAUACGUGUAUUGGGAUGCGUUCUCCUCUUUGAACCCUUUAUCUUAUCUGAAUCAGUACAAGAAUUUGGAAAGUUGGGUCAUCCUUGGCUGAUGUUCAGUAACAUUAGGGCUGAGAUCCCAUGGUUUGAUGUGAAGAAGAAGCCUCUGUUCUCUGCCUUCUAGAACACAGCUCAAAUCUUUCUGGUGACAGUCAUCUUCCUUACAUAUCUAUGUGAAAAAGGAUGGAUAACACCAACCAAAGAUUUUAGAGAACCAAUUAUGGUGCAAACUAUUCCUGGACCCCUAACCUCUGAUUACCAUUCUGUGAUCCUGGUUCCAUCCUCAGAGCAGAAUGUUAUAAACAUCAGUUAAAUUUCAGAUGCUGAAAAGCCAACAGUGGGCAAAAAAUUGACACAAAAUUCUCAGGCUCUCUCACCUAUUCUGAGGGAUGAGUUUCAUAUAUUUAAGUCAUAUUUAUCCUAGGAUUUUUCACAUAAUAAUCUCAUUAGAUUGCUUAAAUCUUAAGCACCUAAUUAUUUUUGAAGACAGACUUACUUCUGCUAAAUAUCUUUUGAGAAGUCUGGAGUUUCCCAAAGCUCCCAAAAUCCUUAUUCCUUUCAGAGGAAAAGGCUAGUAAACUCAUAGGCACAUAAUCUAUGGCCCUGGGAGCCAGAAUGAAUGUUGGCCUGUUCUUCUUGCCUCUUGAUUUCCUAAAGCAGAGGUAGGGAACAUCCUACCCUUGGGCUGUAUAAAGCCCAAGAAAUCACUUAAGGCAAUUGCAGGAAAUGAUGAGCUGAAAUAAAUACAACUUCCUGGUGCUCAAGUUCUGUAGGUUGAUAAUUUUGUGUGGCCCAUGAAAGAUGUUAUAAAUAUCCAAAUGGUACUUGGCAGAAAAGAUUUCCCCACGUCCUGUCCUAAAAGGUGAAGGAGGAGGUAUUUAUUCUUCAUAUGUAUCAUUUGUCUUUUGAGUUAUUGAGAGAAGAGGUGAUUAGAAUCCUCCUGUACCAUAAUGACUUAAUUGACUACACCAAAUGCACAUCUCCAAGCUCAAUACUUUUGAUCCUUUUUAAAAAAAAAUGUUCUAUCAAUAACUAUAUCACUGUUUUCCCAAAUUCACCCUUCUACAUGUAGUCAAGCAAAACACAACACAGUGGCUGUGUCUAAAAAUGGAGGGCUAAUUUUGUACCAGUAAUCCCCUUUUGUGAGGAGGAAACAUGCUAGUUACUCCUCUGAAGUUUGAAGAUUUCUUUAACUCUUCCCUGUAUUCUACUGACUACUGGCCUGAUAGCCGAUACAUAGUAAGCUUAAUAAAUUUUUGCUUGAGAAAGUG